AUGGCAUCACAAAUAUUCACCUCCUCUCCUAGUCCCAGAACAUCAAAGAAACAAGAAAAAAUCAAGGACACAUACAUCAAACCAUGUAUUAAAUCAAACUGCCUUAUCAACACCGACACCUUCUUUCCUUUUACGACAACUCCCUUCUGGCAAUGGACCCCUAAAAUAAACACUCAGCUUCUCCAUUUCAAAAAGAACAGCACUCUUCAAAAAAUUAUCACAAUGAACUUCAAUGACAUCUUACACACCGAAUUUCAGGAUUUUAAUCAUAUAUACACUGAUGCCUCUAAAACCAGUGUCGGAGUAGGAUUUACUUACUCCACAAGCCUCACUUCAAAACAAUUCAAACUCCUCCCUGAAGCCAGCAUAUUCACAGCGGAAACCCAAGCUAUUAAAGAAACUUUAAUAUUCAGAAAGUCAACAAUCUCAAAUAACAUUUUAAUAAUCAGCGACUCCCUAAGCGCCCUUCUAGCCAUCGAAGCACCGAACCCCUCUAACGAGAUAAUUUACCAAAUCCACAACAUCAUCUCAUCGACCCAUAAAGUAAUCGAAUUCAUGGGGGUUCCCUCAUAUACGGACAUCCCUAAAAAUGAAAAAGUGGAUAUGCUAAAAAACGAGGCAAUCACCGCGACCUCAUCCACAACCAUUACUACUCUUCCAUACCAAUACUUAAAAAGAUGUAUAAAUAUACACACUGCCAAUAUGUGGCAAACAUCCUGGGAUGAAAUACCAAUCACAAAUAAGCUAAAAUCGAUUAAAAAGAAAAUCACUAAAUGGUAUACUUAG